UGGGGUGGGGGGAGCGCUUAGGGCGGGCUCGGGCCGGCCGGAGUGGGGAGGAGAGGGACGGAGAGAUAGUCUGCUCGGGACGUCACGGCCCCGGGGCUGAAGAUGGCGGCGGCGGCUGUGGCGGGGCCGGCUAUCCCGGGGCAGCUGCAGCCCCAGCCCGAGCCCCAGCCUCCGGUCCCGGCGGGCGGAAGCCGCUGCUCGCUGCUGGUCAUCGUGGGCGGCGAGUGCGCCCGACCGGGCCUGCUCCGCCCAGUACUGGCCCAGCUGGAGAGAGGGAUCCGCUCUUGGGAUGUUGACCCAGGAAUCUGUAACCUGGAUGAGCAGCUAAAAAUAUUUGUGUCCCGUCACUCAGCUACAUUCUCCAGCAUCGUGAAAGGUCAAAGGAGCCUCCACCACCGGGGAGAAGAGCUGGAAACUCUGGUGCUGCUGAACCCCUCGGACAAGUCCCUGGUGGAUGAGCUCCGUAACCUGCUCCUGGAGCCCUCGUACCAUAAGCUGCUCGUGCUGGCCGGCCCCUACGUGGAAGAGACAGGGGAGCUCCUGCUGCAGACGGGCGGCUUCUCCCCCCGUCACUUCUUCCAGAUCCUGACGGAUAAGGAGAUCGAGGACCUCCUGAACUCUGCGUCGUCCUCGGCCCUCCCGAGGCUCACCAUCACCUGCCCCGACUUUGGGGAGUGGGCUUACCCCGGCCUGGAUGGGUCUGGCCUGCAAGACUUUGUUCAGCUGCAGCUGAACCCCCCCGGGCGCCGGCCAGAGUCGGAGGGGCUGCGCGAGUUCCUGGAGUACGUGGCCGAGUCCCUGGAACCCCCGUCCCCGUUUGACCUCCUGGAGCCCCCGGCGACGGCGGGCUUCCUGAAGAUCUCCCGGCCCUGCUGCUAUGUCUUCCCCGGCGGCCUGGGCGAUGCCGCCUUCUUUGCCGUCAACGGCUUCACCGUGCUGGUGAACGGAGGCUCGAGUGCCCGCUCCAGCUUUUGGAAGCUGGUGAGGCACCUGGACCGCGUGGAUGCGGUGCUCGUGACCCGGGCCGACAGCCUGCCGGGUAUCAACAGCCUGCUCCAGAGGAAGCUGGCCGAGCGGGACGAGGAGGCCGCCGGGGUGGCCUCGGGGGGUGGGCGAGGGAGCGAGGACUGGCUGCGCCACCUCAUCUCCCCCGACCUGGGCGUCGUUUUCCUCAACACCGGGGAGAGGCGCCCCGUGUGGGGGGACGACGAGGCCGGCCUGGCCCUGGGCUACCUGGAGCGGCUGGGCAUCCCGCCUACGCCGCUGUGCCGCGGCCAGGUGGCCUCCGAGCCCAUGGUGUUGUUCCUCAAGAUGGGCGUGGGCCGGCUGGACAUGUACAUCCUUCACCCGCCACGGGCUGCCGCCGGCCGGGAGUCAGCCCUGCCCAGCCUGGCGGCGUCCGCCUGUGCCCUGCUCGUCUGGCACCCCGCCAGCCCCACGGAGAAGAUCGUGCGGGUCCUGUUCCCCGGCUGCACCCCACAGAGCCGGCUCCUCGAGGGACUGGCCAAGCUGCAGCACCUGAGCUUCCUCCGACAGCCCGUAGUGACCCCCCAGGACCUGGAGGCUCCGGGCCCGGGCCGGGCAGAGAGCAAGGAGAGCCUGCGCUCCGUGUCCAGGAGCAGCGUGACCGAGGGAGCCCGCCCGGCCAGGGCCGAGAGGAAGGACGCCAAGCUGGCAUCUGGCAGAGACCGGCCCCGCGGCCCCGCCGAGGAGGCGCCCAAGGCGCCCAAGGAGCGGAGCCUCCCGGCCAAGAAGGAAGGGGCCCGCGGGGAGGCCCCGGCCCGGAAAGAGGAGAAGCGGAUCGGCCGCAAAGAGGACGGGGCCCCCAAGAGAGAGCCCAGGGCCGAGGCGAGACCCAAGGCCGACGCCCUGAAGAAGGACCCCAGAGUGGAAGACAAGAAGACGGGGGCCCCCAAGGCGCCCGGCCGCAGGACGGCUUCGACGGCCGCCGAGCAGCCCUUGUCCACCCGCCCCGGGAGCACGAGGAGGAGCACCGUGCAGCCUGCCGCUAAGGGCGCUGACAAGAGCCACGUCCGGGCAGCCCCCAAGGAUCCGGGAGCCUCCAAGCUGGGCAGCUCCAAAAGCAGGGAGGCAGCCAGGCCCCCAGGUGCGGGGGGCGACGCUGGCCCGGAAGUCGAGGGCCCUUCUGUGUUCCGCUGCGGCGAGGGCUGCCCCUCGUCGGCCCCAGGCUCCCUGUCGCCUCUGGCCAAGACACCCCCCGGGGAGCACAGCCUGGACCUGGGCCUGGGCUCAACCCCACCCCUGGAGGGGCUGAUGAACCACAUCGGGGAGGCCGGGGAGGACGGAGGAGGCGGAGGCAGCUCGGAGGAGAAGACCCUGGAGCUGAUGUCCCCGGCCAGCUCGGCGGCCCCCACGCCUUCCCUGGCCGGCCCCCGGAGGCCCCCCGAGGGCGCAGAGCGGCUGGCUCUGAGCCCCUUCCGGGAAGGGGGCCCCGACGUCUCGCCCACAGUCACUACGCCCUCGCUGCCAGCCGAGGUGGGCUCCCCACACUCCACGGAGGUGGAUGAGUCCUUGUCCGUCUCCUUUGAGCAGGUACUGCCCCCGCCGGUGGCAGCCGGCGACGCAGAGCCAGGCAAGGUGGGGCUGAGCCUCCCGCUGCGCGCGCCGACCUCGCGGGCACCGCGCUCGGCCUCGCCCCACGACGUGGAUCUGUGUCUGGUGUCCCCCUGUGAGUUUGAGCACCCCAAGUCGGCCCUGUCCCCCGGAGGCCCACCCAGCCCCCGAGACGUCUCCAAUGACAGCAGCGCUCGCUCCCAGGAGCUGGCCCGAGGGCACCGGGGGAGCGGGGGCCACCCCGAGGAGACACCCCCCACCUCCGUGAGCGAGUCGCUGCCCACCCUGUCGGACUCGGACCCCCCACCCACGGCAGAAGAUGGGCCUUCCCUGGUACCGGACUCGGAUGAGGAGGACACAGAGAACUAUGGCCCCGCCCGGGAUCCCCUGCCUGCCCCCAUGAAAGACCCUCCCCCCCUGCCUGCCCAGCCGGGCAUCUGCAUGGUAGAUCCCGAGACUCUCCCCCCCGACCACCUCAAACGACGCGAGACUGCCGGCCGGGCCUCUGCCCGCAAAGCUCCCUCCCGGACGGGCCCCAAGGCCAAGGCGCCGCUUGGCCACACCCUUAGCAAUCCCAGAAGUGAGCCCCCGGACAGGGGGCCCCGGCUGGCCGGCCGGGCCGGGGGCAGCGGUGGGGCCAAGACGGGGCCCCGAGCGCUAUCAGGGUCAACUCCAAGCAGAGCAGGCAGCUGUCCUGCCCCGCCAGGACCUCCCAUUUACCUGGACCUGGCCUACUUGCCCGGAGGGGUCAGUGCCCGCUCUGUAGAUGAAGAGUUUUUCCGGAGAGUUCGAGCCCUCUGCUAUGUCAUCAGUGGCCAUGACCAGGGCAAGGAGGAGGCCAUGAGGGGCAUCUUGGAUGCGCUGCUGGCUGGGAAAGAGUGCUGGGAAGCAGACCUCCAGGUGACCCUCAUUCCUACCUUCGACUCCCUGGCCAUGCACGAGUGGUACCAGGAGACCCACGGGCGGCAGCAGGACCUGGGCAUCACCGUGCUUGGCAGCAACAGUACCGUCGCCAUGCAGGACGAGACCUUCCCUGCCUGCAAGGUGGAGUUCUAGCCCUUCCUUGGCCACCUCUGACCCUCACCAGCCUCGUGCGUGUACACGGACACACACAUAUACACACACGUCAGGGCACCGUUGGGCCUCUAACCAGAGGCACAGCCCAACUACCACCUCCCUGGGGAUGGGCAAAGGAAGGUGGAUCCCAGACCCCAGUGUUAGGAGGGGCUUUAGAGGGCCUUCCCGGCCUCACCCACUCCCACCCCUGUUCCCCCACAUAUCCAGGUUGUCUGUCUGUCCAACUUCACUGACACACAGCAUUAAAAGGAGCUUCACUUCCUGCUCCA